AACGCUUUUUCCAUUUGGAUUUUUGGCCUUGUCUUCCCUUAUUUUAGUGCUUCUGCUCCUUUUCACAUUCACUUCACUCUGCUCUUCCUCUGUUUCUUGCUGCUGCUCUCAUUGUUCAAAGCUCUCAAGCUUUUGGGGUUUUGUGAAAAGAAUCAGAGUUUGUGCUCUUGUUUUUUCAAGAAAUAUAGAGAAAAUGGCACUCAAACUCUCUGUUGCUGCCCACAAGAUGCCUUCUUUUGCUGGUUAUAACCUCAGAUCUCAUAGAGUUUCUAUGGCUUCUACUCUUCAUUCUACUUCCAUAGAGAAUGGAAAAGUGAAAAAGCCCUUCACUCCCCCUCGGGAAGUUCAUGGUCAAGUAACCCAUCCCAUGCCGCCAGAAAAGCGUGAGAUCUUUCAUUCGCUGAACAGCUGGGCUGAAGACAACAUCCUGGUGCUCCUAAAGCCUGUUGAGAAGUGUUGGCAGCCAAAUGACUUUCUUCCCGACUCCUCUUCUGAAGGCUUUGAUGAACAGGUCAAGGAGCUUAGGGAACGAACCAAGGAAAUCCCCGAUGACUAUUUCGUUGUGCUUGUUGGAGAUAUGAUUACAGAGGAAGCUCUUCCAACUUAUCAGACUAUGCUGAACACCCUUGACGCCGUCCGAGACGAGACAGGUGCAAGCCUCACUCCUUGGGCUAUUUGGACGAGGGCAUGGACAGCUGAAGAGAAUCGGCAUGGUGACCUUCUCAACAAGUAUCUUUAUCUUUCAGGACGUGUUGACAUGAAGCAAAUUGAGAAAACGAUACAAUACCUGAUCGGUUCUGGGAUGGAUCCACGCACAGAUAAGAACCCAUACCUCGGGUUUAUCUACACCUCAUUUCAGGAGAGAGCUACUUUCAUUUCCCACGGGAACACAGCUCGGCUUGCCAAGGAACACGGCGACCUGAAACUGGCCCAGAUUUGCGGCAUCAUUGCUGCGGACGAGAAACGCCACGAAACAGCCUACACCAAGAUUGUGGAGAAGCUCUUCGAGAUCGACCCUGAUGGUACAGUACUGGCUCUUGCUGACAUGAUGAGGAAGAAAGUCUCGAUGCCAGCCCACCUGAUGUAUGAUGGCAGAGAUGAAAAUCUCUUUGACCACUUCUCUGCUGUAGCUCAGCGUCUUGGAGUCUACACAGCCAAGGACUAUGCCGACAUCCUGGAGUUUCUAGUGGCAAGAUGGGAGGUGGAGAAGCUGACGGGCCUCUCAGGCGAGGGCCGCAAAGCUCAGGACUAUGUGUGUGGUUUGCCUCCGAGGAUUAGGAGACUGGAGGAACGAGCACAUGCACGGGCAAAGCAAGCAUCGCCCGUUCCGUUCAGUUGGAUUUACGGUAGAGAAGUCAAGCUUUGAACAACCUUCUUGCAACUAGGUCAGUUACCGUCCACCUAGAGAAGUUAUGUAGUAGGUAUCAUCAUCGCCCGCGUCUCUUUUCCACCAUGGAGUCAAAGAAGAAGUCCAUUGUUAUGUUUACUUUCCUGUUUGUGCUUGGUAAAGUUGUUCUAUGUGUUGAAUGUAGAUAUAGAAAGACUUGUGAUGAUUUUGUUCCUCUCUUUCUUCUUGCAGCAUUCCUCUUUAUCUUUA